UUUGUGGGGGUGGUGGAGCGGCGUCAUUCCCUGGAACCAGGCGACUUCCUCCCUCUGCUCGUCUGGGUCGUCUCGUCUGCCCGUUGCUGGCCCCAUUUCUCUCUCUGGCCCCAUCGCUUUGUCACUCUCUCUCUCAGCAGCUGUCUCUUUCGCGUCCCCUGGCUUGUCUCUCUUCUUCCUUGCAGUCGCCUCCUUCGCCUGCCUGGGUGGCCGCCAUGGGCCGGAAGCGGCUCAUCACUGACUCCUACCCUGUUGUGAAGAGGAGGGAGGAGCCCUCUGGGCAUAGCAAAGGGGAGCUGUCACCAGAGCUAGGGGAGGAGCCCCAGCCCCACAACGAGGAGGAAGAAGCAGAGCUGGAGCUACUGAGGCAGUUUGACUUGGACUGGCAGUAUGGGCCCUGCACAGGGAUCACACGGUUGCAGCGCUGGCAUCGAGCAGAGCAGAUGGGCUUGGAGCCUCCUGUAGAGGUGCAUCAGGUGCUGAAGUCCCACCCUGGAGACCCCCGCUUCCAGUGCAGUCUUUGGCAUCUCUAUCCCCUAUGACCUCGAACCUCCUGCUCUUGGCUAGCCACCAGAGGACCUCAGGAAAGAUGUGAGAACCAGCUGCUGCUUCCCAGCUCAUCUCUGCAUGGAGGAACAUCUGGCAGGCUGAAUCCUGAAGUCUACAUGACUCAGCUCCUCCACCUAACCAGCAGGCUCCAGGAGCCCCCUCUAAGAACCUACUCAAUCACAGCUGAGCACCUCCUAGGUGAAGAGUGGUCUCUGAGGACAAGGACCUGGCCAUGAUCUGUCCAGUGCCUAUCACAGGCCUCUCUGCCUAUGGUGUGACAAAUUAUGCAUAGCCUUGGGCAGAGCCAGAAGCAGGCAGAUGAUCUAAGAGGACAAGAUGCACUGCCCAUCCAAGAUUGGGAAUUUGAGGCAGGGUAGGCUGAACUCACAGGGCAAGCGGUUCGUAAUGCUUUUCAAUAAAGAACACUGAGCCUGAA